ACCCAAGACCCAAAAUGAUAACAAUAAUUAGAAGUAAGAAUAGAACAGAUAUGAAUAUUACUCAAGAUUUAAAACAAAAUUAAACCAAGAGAGAAUCUGACCGCCGGAGCUUUGAAGCUUCGCCGGAGCUGCUAUUGUUUGUGACGGAGACGUGGAGGCUGUUAAUGGGUUUCGCCGAAGUUCGAGCUUCGGGUCGUUCGUAACUCGUAGGAGUCGAGCUGUUGUUUGGUGGUGGGCUGGUUCGUGGGUGGUAGACAGAGAGACUGUUUUAACAUAACAUAUAACAUCAGUUUUAAAAACAUACCCAGCAGUGGAUUGAUAUAAACAUCCAGAGACAGUGGCUGAUGAUUAAAAACAAGAAGAAAAAGUUAACAAUAAAUCUUUGAAAGUGAGAAAAUGAAUAAAAAGGAUUAGUGGAUAAAUGAGGGAACUUUAGAAGCUGGUCCCGUUGAUGUCAAAGUUGCAGUUCCUUUUGAAGUAACAACUAGCACUAGAUGUACCUUCCUUUGAUAAUAGCUAUUUACAGCAUAGUUGUAGUGAGGGUGAGGCAGAGUGUGGAGAAGAAAAAGUGUGGUCUUUGGUUGUUAGUAAAUAAGUUUUAAAAAAAUGGUGUCUUUUUCUUGAGGAGGAACAAGAGAGGAGAGAGAGAGAGUUUGAAAAUGAGGAAAGGGAGGAGGCUCGGAACCAAAAAAUUGAAAUAUGAUUGAAUAAUUGAGUUUUUUGUUUGAUAGAUUGAAGUAGUUAAUUUUAAGCAUUGUCAGCCAAAAUUGGAUGUCAACGUCCACUACCAACUAUGACACAAACUUUCUCUAUAUUAGUCAAACAAAGAGAAGCCAAGCCAUCUAAUCGAAUGAAUUUGGUCUCCACAUCUCUCAGUGCUAGUUCCUCUUCCACAUUUCUCAGUGCUAGUUCCUGUAAUUCUAGGAAUGGUAAUUUCAAAAAAAACUACUCACACAACAAGAAUGGAAAUAAUACCCACAGAGGCUCUUCAACUCAUUUUCAGAAUGCCAAUAAGAACACUUAUCCCAUUCCUGAUGUCAACAAAGCAAACUUCUUCUGUGAUUACUGUAAGAAGUUUGGGCAUACAGAAAACAAGUGCUACAGACUGCAUGAUUUUCCCCAAAACUUCAAGUUCACAAGGGGAAGAAACUCUGGAUCAGCUGCAAAUGCCCACACCAAAUGUGAGGUGCCACUGGACAACAUUGCUGGAAAUCAUUCUCAUAAUCCCAGCCAUGGAACUCAAAGCUUAACCAAGGACCAAUAUGAUCAUCUGGUGAGGUUGCUUGAAAAUGUUCAGGUGCAAGGUACAUCCGGAAGUACCAAGGACACUCUGGAUAAUAUCAUGAGUGGAGCUGUGAAUUUUGCAGGGCCCUUCACUGAAGAGUCCUCUGGUGAUUGGUAGAGCAAGGAAUGGCCUUUACUUCUUCUGCUCAAAAUACCCUGCUGACAUUUCUACUGAUUGUCCUGAUGUCCCAUCUGUUUCUCCUACUACUUGUUCUUCCUUACAUGUUUCAAAUAAACACGCUUUACAUCAUGCUUACUCGCCUGUAAAUUCUUCCAUUCCAAGUAAUAAAACAGCUUGUUGAGAUAUGAAAUCCUCUAUUACUAUUAUUGAUUGCUCUGUGCCAGUCAAGUGUAGUAGUAGGUCAAUUUGUUGUGAUGAGAAAUUCCCUAUUACUUCUGCUGUCAAGCAUAUCUCCUUAUGUACAUCUCAUGAAAAUAGUGUAGAUUACUUGUGGCACACCAGACUAGAACAUGUUCAUUUUAUCAAGAUGAAGGGCAUCCAUACCAUACCUGUUAGCUUUCACCCAAAUAGCCCUUUCAAUGUACUGUCUGUCUUAUGGCCAGACAAGCAAGAUUACCUUUCCCAUCCAGCAUUACACCCUCUUCCACAAAGAUUUUUGAUCUCCUCCACAUAGACUUAUAAGGGCCAUACCAUAUAUCAACCCAUGAUAAUUACAAAUACUUCAUCACAAUAGUUGAUGAUUAUAGUAGGUCAACUUGGACCCAACUACUUAGCUGCAAAAGCAAUUCUUUAGAGACCAUAAAGGCCUUUACAUCUCUGAUAGAAAAUCAAUUCAACACCACCAUUAAGACCAUUAGAACUGAUGAUGGUCUGGAGUUUGUCAAUAAAGAAACCACUAUUUUCCUACAAACCAAAGGCAUCAUACACUAAAGAACCUGUCCAUACACACCACAACAAAAUGGUGUAGUGGAAAGAACGCAAAAAUAUCUACUUGAGACUGCUAGAAGCUUGUUGUACCAGU